AAAAAUUGAACCUUAGCCCAGCCUACUAACAAACUACAUUUGACGGCAAAUGAUUGGGGCGGAUUUGGGGGCAUUGAUAGCAGUGGCCAGCAGAGACGCCGGAGAAGGUAAAAAGUAAAACGGGCAAGUGAUAAUAAUUACAAUUGCCGGUGCCGGGUUCAGGCGGCGGCACGCAUGCACCGCACUACACUCCUAUCAAGCUAUGGGAGAUGGCAAAUCUUUUCUUGGAAAUAAGUAUUGGGUGCUCAGACAUGGCAGAAGCAUUCCGAAUGAAUCGGGACUCAUUGUUUCGUCAAUGGAAAAUGGCAUCCUCGAAGAGUAUGGAUUAGCACCCACCGGUGUUGAACAAGCUCUAUCAGCCGGGGACUCAUUCCGUGAGGAGUUGAAGGAAAAUAACAUUGAGCUUGAGAAGGUCCGAAUCUGCUACUCCCCAUUCUCAAGGACCAGACACACUGCACAGCAUGUUGCCUCUCGACUUGGAAUUCCUUUUUUUGAGGAAGGACCUCCAGCACCUCAGUGCAUGGUUAUAAAUGAUCUCCGUGAGCGCUUCUUUGGUCCCACUUUUGAGCUUCAGUCACAUGAUAAGUACCAAGAGAUUUGGGCACUAGACGAGGAGGACCCUUUCAUGCGGCCUGAUGCGCGUGGAGAAAGUGUUGCAGAUGUUGUUUCCAGGCUUACAAAUGCAAUCACCACCAUUGAGUCAAGUUUUCAAGGGUGUGCAGUGUUGAUUGUGAGCCAUGGGGAUCCCCUUCAAAUUCUGCAGACAGUUCUUCAGGCGACGCUUCAAGGAGAGAAUCCUGCUACGGAUGACUGCAAUCAAAAUUUGGCUUCAAGGAUAGCAGCCGUAACAGUCUCACCUGUUCUCUCCCAGCACAGGAAGUUUUGUCUUGGCACUGGAGAAUUGCGUGCACUUCCAUAAGUUAUUUACCCUUUCAUUACAAUAAUGUAUUGUCUAUUUAAAUUCAAACCACGUUAAAAUGAUCAGAACCCAAUGUGCUCACUUACCACACAAGAUAUCCGACGCACUCUUCCAUGC